AUGAACGCUGCGCAGGCGCCUUCGCAGAACAAGCGACCGCCCCAGAAGGGCUCGUUCCCAUUGGAUCAUUAUGGGGAGUGCAAGCCCGUGAUGAAGAGGUUCCUAGCCUGCAUGCGCGAGCACAGCAACAGCCACAUUGACUGCAAGAAUCUCUCGGCCGAGUACCUGCAAUGCCGUAUGGACAAGGGGCUGAUGCGACCGGAAGAGCUGGAAAGGCUGGGGUUCCAUGAAGAAGGUAUGAAGAAGACCUGGUCCGAUGCGACUCACGAAGGCAGGAAAGAAGGUGAGGGCUUCGUGGCAGGCAUGGGGAUCAAGAAAUCGCGCUAUGAAAAGAAGUAG